AAAUAUCAUUUCUGAAUUCAAUAACAUGAGUAGUGAAUUAUUAAUAUCAAAUGAAAUUCCUUACUUGACAGAAAUUAAUAAUCUGGAAGCAACUGAUACUAUUGAAGAUCAAGUAGAUAAUGGUAAAAAACUUGUAUAUCCUAUUACCUUGAAAAUAGAUUUUAAACAUUGGGCAGAGCUAGAUAGAUAG